CUCAAACUUGAAUAUUUGGAACAUCUCAUUUCAAUCCCAAAAGGGAAGACGAUCUUCCUAAAUAUUGGGAUUGAAAUGGCAAAGUUUCAAUCCUUUUUUAUAGCCAUUUUCAUAUGUGUGAUUGUGUAUAAUCACAUUCAAGUUGAGGCCAAUAUGUCAAAAAACAUGGUCCUUAGCUGGGGAAAUAGUCAGUCCAAAAUAGAAGGGGAUGACCUUCUGCUUGUUUUGGACAAAAGCACAGGGUCGGGAUCAAAGUCAAAGAGAGAUUUCUUAUUUGGAAGCUUUGAAGCUCUCAUCAAGUUCGUUCCAGGGGAUUCUGCAGGAUUAGUUACAGCAUUUUAUCUAUCUUCUUCAGGGACAUAUCAUGAUGAGAUAGAUUAUGAGUUUUUGGGGAAUACUACAGGAGAGCCUUAUACAAUUCAUACAAACAUAUUUGCUGAGGGUGUUGGACAUAGAGAACAGCAGUUUCGAUUGUGGUUUGAUCCUACAGCUGAUUUUCAUAACUACACAAUUCACUGGAAUCCCAGUACCGUUGUGUGGUAUAUCGACAGUAUUCCAAUAAGAGUAUUUCGAAACUACGAGAGGUUGGAGCGAAGAAAAGCAUAUCCAAACAAGCAAGGAAUGAGAUUUUAUACAAGUUUAUGGAAUGCAGAUGAUUGGGCAACACAAAGAGGACGUGCGAAAACAAAUUGGACCAAUGCACCAUUCACUGCUACCAUCCGCCAAUUUAGGGCAAGAGCUUGUCAUUGGAUUGGAGAGCUGAGCAAUAACCAAUGUGCCACCAACUCUGCACAAAACUGGUGGACUUCUCCUGAUCAUUCUCAACUUACUGAUCGUCAGUUGGCCAAGCUUGGUCAAGUUAGGAAGAAGUACAUGAUAUAUGAUUACUGUAGAGACCCUGCACGAAAACGACCCAAUGGUCUGAUGCCACCGAGUGUUAUAGACGGCAGUACUGACACAAAUAUGAUGCAUUAGUACUGAUAAAUGACAAAAAUUGGUCACAGAUAAAACACACAUUUUAUUAAAACUAUUAUUAUGUAUUGUUUUUACACCCCAACAAAAUUUGGAGUGAAAAAAAUAGCUAUGAAUGUCGUCUAGUCUAACACAUUUGGUGCACUAAAAAUAAGAAUAGUUUGAAACUGAGGUCAAAGUAUAUAUGAGUUUUAAUUAGAGAAAAAUAAUGGGUCCAGUAGUUGAGGAAAAGAAAUAGCACAAAUUCAACUAUCUUUCAACUCAGAAGUU